CACAAUCAAAUCCCUCAUCAGCAAAGCAAAAGAAUAAGACACCCUACAUACCUCCCUCCCUCCCAUAGAAAAGCAAUCCAAUCCAAUCCCAUCCGAAACAAAAAUCCACCACAAAGACAAACCAAAAAUGUCCCCCACCAUCCAAGAAGGCCGAAUAACCAAGAAAACCACUACUCCUACACGUCGGAAACGCGUCCGCGGAAAAGAGCAAAUGCCGAAGACACGAAACGGCUCUACCAUCGAAUACAAUGAUAAAAAGCAGUAUCAUUAUAAACUCCCACUGGUUGAAAGGACCAAUUUACUUGGUAUUCGGGAUUUUGCAGAGAGAUAUAUCCCCGAGGAAGGGCUGAGGUAUAUAGGUCGUGGGUUGGGGUCUGAUGAUGUUGAAGGUGAACGAGAACAGAAAGAGUACAAAAUAUCUGUUCACGACCCAUCCACUAUCCCAGAUACAGACCUGAACCAAUGCUUUAAGCUCAUCGAGGAGACAUCUUCAGCUGCAUAUCAAGCUUCCUCGACGGGGUGGUCGCCGACCAAGAAACGGAAGGAGAUGAAACUGCCUGAUAUGAAGUAUUUGGUUGUUCGUCGGGAGGGGGACGAACAUGGCGAAGGGGAGGACGUGGUCGGGUUCAUAUCAUUCAUGAUCACGUAUGAGGAUGGGAAGGAGGCGAUUUACUGCUAUGAGGUUCAUUUGUCGCCGAGUGUGCAGGGACAGGGGUUGGGGAAGUGGCUCAUGCUUAUGUUGUUGGAGAUUGGGAGACGAGUGGGAAUGGAGAAGGCCAUGUUGACCGUGUUUAGGUCGAAUGGGGUCGCGCAGAGGCUUUAUGCUGCGCUGGGGUUUGAGACGGAUGAGUAUAGUCCGCGGCCGAGGCGGUUGAGGAAUGGGACGGUUAAGGAGCCGGAUUAUAGGAUUAUGUCUAUGAAGUUGGACGGGGGUCCGUAUGUAUAAGGGGUCUGGGGCCAGGAAAUGAGG